UGACAUUUAAUUUUGUGUAGCAAGCUUUACCCAUACUGGAGUUUGCAGAGCAUUACAAGUUCCUUAUAUAUAAUGGUGUGUACCAAGAGUAGAUACUCUUACCUUAUAUGGAUCCUCUUUGUUUCUGUCCCCUGAAGCCCCAUAGUCAUGGGAUUUUCCCAGGGAAAAUCCGACAAAACACUGACUCAUCUGUUGUAUCAUCUAAAUAGUCAUAGCCUAAUAUCUUGCAGUAGAGCACUGUUGUCUGCCUAUUCAAAGAUUAAUAAUGAGCACUAAUUUUUCUAAAGUAGAAGCUGUGUUUUCUCAUAUUAUUGGAGCGAAGGUCCAGGUUGUUUCUCCAGAUGACAAGUAUUUGAUUGAUGGCCAAACAAUCUCAGUUGACGAGCUGUUUCAACGUUCCCACGACUGCCCCUCUUCUUCCAACCCCCCCUCUCCUUACACCUGUGUUCCUUAUCAACAGGAUACGUAUGAUGAACGACCAUUCAGGAUUAUUGUGGAUCUUCCUAAAGGUCUAGAAACUACAUUUUUUGUGUCAUCUUUCAAUACAAUUGAACAGAUCAAGAGCAGUAUUGAAAUGAAAGCAGAGCUCCCACAUCAUGAUUUUCAGUUGCUGCAUGGUGGGGAACAACUUCAGGAUGAUAAGACUGUUGGAUACUAUCCAGAUAUCCAAGAACAGAGCACUUUGCAUGUUGUUAUGCCGGUUAAAAGAUGGGGGUCAUUGUCAGAGCCCCCCGCGCAUGUUUUCAAACUAUCUUCGCACGAACUUGCUCCUAAGUAUAACUACGACUUCACUAACGAGGUUGAUGAUGGCAGGAUGUACAUGCGAGGAGGUUACAAGUAUGAUCGCCCUUACGGUUGGGAAAGGUUUGCUCUGAAUGUGGUUGGAAAGUAUGGCGAUGAUUCGUGGCUUGGACCUAAUGGAAUUCGCACUGAAUCAGCUAUGGGUGAGUGGCCAGUUGCCUACCAUGGCACCAAGGGUGAUUGUGUUGCAGGCAUUGUUGACGAAGGUUUUAAAGCUGGCCCUAGAGAAUUGUAUGGCCCUGGAGUUUACACGAGCCCCUCAUUGGCGGUAGCUGAUUAUUUUGCUGGAAUCGUAAUUGAAAAAAACCAAACGAAAUACAAGUGUGUGCUUCAGUCAAGAGUCGACCCUAGAUACUUACGAGUCAUACCCGACAUAAAUGGGCAUCACUAUUGGAUAUCACCUGAAAACAAUGCUGUUCGGCCAUACGGAAUUCUUUUGAAAAAAUUUUAAUCUUCACGUAAUUAUCAAUUCGCCUCAAGUCGUUUGCAAUGCUGCUAAAAAAAAACAAUAUCUACAUGUAAUUCAUGGUCUACACAGAACUGCUAUAGCUAUAUCUAUGCUAGUAUUAAUAGUACCAAAAACAUUUGUGAUGUACGUACUCUAAUCUUGAUGAAAUUUUGACAUGUACGUAUUUUGUUCACUAUUAAUUUUCAGUGUGACAAUUGAACUAUAGUCC